UUACCAAUAUCAAUUCUUUCUUUCAAAAAAUAAAAUAAAAUAAAGCAACAUCAUUCUUGAAAAACUUUAUAUCAAACUGAAAGUACCAAAUUAUUUAAACUUUAUACAGCAAAUUACGAGGGAUAUAAAAGAAGAAAACCCAAAAAAAAAAAAAAAAGAUUUGGGCCCAGAGAUGUGGAAGUGGAACCCGGGUUGUAUUUUUUGUAUUUGAGAGAAGAAAAUUUCAAUUGAAUGAGAAUAGAGAGAGUAAUGGAAGAAUGGCAUCACCAAAAACUAAUUCUGCCGAAAGUGGGAAAGCUAUGGCGGCAGCAGUCAGAGUAUCUGGACCAACAUUUCAAGACCCCAAACGAUGUGUCUCCAUCUUCUACUCCUUGUUCUUGUCUGUUGUCGGAAUUGACCAAACACUGUUCUGAUUUGGACACUUGUCUGCUACACCUGCGCACCAUUCUCAUCGAACGCGCCCUUUCAUGGAUCUCUCGUUCAUUUCACGCCAAAGCUUCCCUCGCCAAUCUCAAUCUCAAUCUCACCCUCUAUGCUUCCUCUCCCGAUGGGACUGCUUCCCAGAGAAUGCAGCAGAGGAUUUUGGGUGAAGAACUGCAGCAGCUCGUGCUUCAAUUGCAACGAAUUCACAGCGUCCGCCAAUAUCUUGAAACAGCUCUUUGCUUAGAAGCUUUGGUAGGAGACCUUGAAGAUGCAGUUUUCUGUUCUGGGAAUCACUGUACAGGGAAUAUGUUCACAAAGCUUUCAACUACACUGACUUCACAAGACUUUGGACAAAAGCAAGAAAGAUUGCUGCGGGCCAUAAAAGCCAUUAACGAUAUUGAGGAGAUAAUUGUUAAUGUUGAGAAAUCCCAACAACAAUGGCAUCAACUUCUACAAUCAGUAGAUCAUAGAGUAGAUAAAAUUUUGUCUGUAAUUCGACCAGAAGCUCUUGCAGAACACCGUGCUCUUCUUGCUUCUUUAGGGUGGCCUCCUAAACUUCUAACAUCAAAAGUCGAAAGUGGAGCGGUCGCUGAGCUCCCAAACCCACUAGUUCUUAUUCAUGGAGAUGAAAAGAAGUCUUAUGCUCAAAGUUUUCAAGUUCUUUGUGCUUUGCAGCAACUGCAGACACGUAGAGAAGUACGAAAGAUCACUACUUUAGAUCAAAAGGAGUAUGGCAUACGACUUUGGGCUAUUGAUGAACUGGUGUCUCCACUUGCAGAAAGAAUGGAAUAUCACUUCUUGAAAUGGGCUGAGCAGCCUGAGUUUAUAUUUGCUCUUGCAUAUAGAGUUACUAGGGGCUUUAUGGUGGGGGUAACUGAUAUUUUGCAGCCUUUGAUUGAUGCAGCCAGAUUAUUGGGCUAUAGUGCUAACGAAGCUUGGGUUUCUGCAAUGGUCCAUAUGCUUUCUGGGUUCUUAACAGAAAAUGUUUUUCCUGCCUUGGCUGAAAGGUAUAAGGAGAAAGACAUGAAAUUAGAAGUUAUCUCAUUGUGGCUUCAUCUGGUUGACCUUAUUGUUGGUUUUGAUAAACGGAUGCAGUCACUAGUAAGAUCUGAGACUUGUCUCUUCUUGCCAGAUGCUCAAAGGUAUGAUGGGCUUUCAAGAGGGAUAUCAGUAUUAAAAAUAUUUUGUGAUAGACCAGAUUGGCUAAAGAUUUGGGCAAAGAUGGAGCUCAAGGAUGGCUGGAAGAAACUAAAAGCAGUACUGAAGGAUGCAAAAGCUUGGCAAGUUGAUGACACACAUAGAAUUGACUUUAAUGUUAGUAAAGCAUGUGAAACUUUUCUGCUCUCUUCCAGAGAGGACCAUAAAGCUCCACUGGUUGCAGAAUCUGCACUUAAAAUUGCGCAAGAAAUGAUUGAUCGAUCCCAAACUUUGCCAACUGUUUUGGCACGUGUCCAAUUUGUUACAUCAACUGUAGCCAGAUUCUUCUGGCAUUUUUCUAACGUAUUGCUUCUUCAUUGCAAGAAUGCUGAAUUAUCUGCUGAAAAUUCUGAUGAUAGUGCCUCGGUUAGAGCAUGUGAAUCAAUCAAUGCUGCCAGAUAUGUUGAGUCUAAGCUGCAAGAAUGGAGUGAUGAUGUAAGGUUUUUCGAGAUGAAGAUUACUGAAAAAGAUUCUAACAUCCUGGAAAAAGGCAAAGGUUUCGAUGAUGGUUGCUUCUUUGUAGAGGAAAUAAAACGCUUGUCUGAGCUAGAGACUAACUGGCUUAUGGAAAUCAUUGCUUUUCUUCUUCGUCAGUUUGAAAAUCAAACUUGGGGAUACAACCAUAAUGAGGAUUACAUUGAUGAAGAUCAGAAUAUGAGUCCAAAUAGAGAUUCAGCGGCUACCGAGUUGGCUGCUUCCAAUGCUUUUAUUGAAGCGUUGCAUACUUUGAGGAAUCAGCUUUACGUUCUUAAGAUAAACCUCAAUCCAAAAGACUUCUUGGACUUGUGGCGAAGUGUGGCAGAAGGGCUGGACCAUUUUAUUUCUGGUAGCAUUUUUGCAAGUGAUGCUCAGUUUUCGAGGAAGCAAACUAAUCAAUUUGGAACUGACAUGCGAGCGUUGUUCCUUGUGUUCCAACCAUUUUGUGCUCGUCCUGAAGCAUUUUUCCCUUGUAUUAGAGACAUUCUUAAGCUGUUAACAAUGAGCAAGGAAGGGGCAAAGCAGUUACUGGUAGCUUCAUCAAGCAAGAAAAGUGAAAAGAGAAUGCAGUUUUAUGGAAGUUGCCACUUAUCUUCUGAUCAAGUUAAUAAAGUUUUGAGGAAUAUGAAGUUAUAAGCUUUCUUCGAAUGGAUAUAUAGAAGAUAGAAAUUGCCUUUUCUUUUUCACCACCGCUCAUUCUAAGUGUGUUGUUUUGUCCAUUAUUAAGAAGCCCUGAACCGUUUCGAUUGGAUAUACGAAGUUAUUA